AACUCUCCUCGUGUUACGAAAGCAAACACACGUGAGGUUGUAAACAAACGAGUGGAGGAGAGCGGCCAUUGUCGGAGCUCAAUGAUAUGAGGGCCCGUUACUUUCCCCUGGCAGUGCUUGCCAACGUCCUGUGCCUGUGUCAGAGCUACACCCUGAGGAGCUCCGUGUCCUGGGCCGUCCCCUCCAACGAUGUGGUGGAGGAAGCGGACCUGUCCGAGGAGGUCGCCCCGGCGCUGCUGGUGGACAGUGCGGGGCUCUGGAAGCAGGCUUACCCAUCCUCAAACGUCCUCGGAGACAGCGUGGAGAGCCCCGGGGAGCUAGUCAAGCCAGAAAACGAUAAUGUGGCGCAGCUUUCCUCUCGACUGUUUUCAUAUCGGAUGGAGAAAGUAAAGAAGUCCGGCGGCAGCGGCAGCAGUCCUCCCCCGCACCAGGAGACCGCAAGGACUGCUAGAUAUAUAGCUCAUUACAGUGACUGGGGACAUCUGUCCACCAUUUCAACUCAAGACAAGAUCAAAGGUAUCCCCUUUGGCAACAUCUUCUCAGUCAGUGAUGGACCACUGGACAACAGUACUGGAGUCAUCUAUUUCUAUGUUACUCCAAUGGACAACACCGUAUCAGACCUGAACAGCAACCCCUAUGCUUCUCUCACAUUCUCAGAGGCUGAGGGAGAAUUUUGCAGGCAAAUGGUGUAUGAUCCAGAAGAUCCAAGAUGUGCUCGACUUACGCUAACAGGCAAGAUGGUGGAGGUGGCCCCUGAGGAGCUUGUGUUUGCAAAGGAGGCAAUGUUCUCCAGACAUCCUGUGAUGGCCAAGUGGCCGGUGGGACACAAGUGGUUCUUCAUGAAGAUGGAGUUGAUCCAGGUCUGGCUACAGGACUGGAUCGGAGGGACAUCACUCAUUCCACUGGAGGACUACUUCAAAGCUACGCCUUUCUGAGAACACCCCUCCCUUUGCAUCACCUCAGCCUAUACGGAUCAGUUCAGCUUUCGACAUCACAGACGUCACUCUAAUCCAGGGCAAGAAUUCCCAGAGCAGCAAUGGGCAAAGAAUAUUUUUACAUUUUCAAAUACUGUUGCCAUUUUAAUUUGUGAAAGUAAAUAUUUGCUUUUGCUUUUUUGCCCUGCAUCUUCAGUUGUUACACAAAAUCAGCUCACCAGUUUCCUGUGUUUGGUGUGUGAUUGUAUUUAAAGUCAAUAAGCUGGCACUGAAAACUCAUAUUCUGUUCUUU